UUGGUCACAAGCGCGAACGCCUGAGAUCUCUGUUCUUCCCCCGGCAAGACCCUGAACCCAGGCAGAGAGCGAGCGAUCAGAUCUCGGCCCUAGGAUUAGUGCCAGUGCAGAGACAUUGGGCACAGUCCUCGCAAUGGAACUACACGGACUCCGGUACAGCGAGCUGCAGCGGCUGGCCAAGCAGCACGGCCUCCGGGCCAAUCUCAAGGCAGAAAAAUUACUGAAAAAUUUGCAAGAAUUCUUCCAAGAGCAGAAGGAUGCUCCUGCUUUGAAGGCUGUUAUAGAAGAGAAUACAUGUAAUACAGUUAAUGUGGAAAAGUGGGAAGACUCUAAUGUGACCAAACGACGGGGCAAAGAAAGAUUGCUGAAUGACAAUCAAAAUGAAUCACUUCAUUCACAAAAUUUUACAGCUUCCGAAAAUGAACAGCCUUCAAUGGAACCUUCCCCUCGUUUGGAAAAGUGCCAAAGCACAGAAGGUUCUGAUUUAAAGAGAAGACAAAAAAAACGACAUGUUGAAUUUGAAGAUUCUAUCGAAAAGGAUGAAAUUACAGGAAAUGCGGCUGAGGAAAGUGCUCCUGUCACCCAGUGCUCACUUCAUGUAUCAAAUGAGAAAGUAACUGAUACAUCCAAAGGUACAGGAACUGCUAUCCAAUCAAAGACUGGCAAAAUUCCACGUUUAAUUCGAGCGACUGGGAAACCUGGUCUCAAAUCUCCUCCUGCAGUUGGGAAAACUGCACUAAAUCAUGUGACUCCUGACUGGAAAAAGAUUCAUCAAACUCAUUUCAACAAGAUGGAGUCAAUUGACUUGUACAUUGAACGAAAAAGGAAACGCUUUGAAAAUUUUGGUAAUUCUAUCAAGCAGCAGUCAGUGAAUGGACCAAAAAAUAUGAAGAACACACCCAAUUUCUAUAGCCCGGCACGUCAGACAUCAAAAAAUGACCAAUUUUCGACGCCUGCCAACCAGCGUAAAACAUCACGUAACUCUGCUGCAGUAACUUUAAAUGAAAAAUCAGCCUUUAAACCGUCUGUUUACUCUGUCACCAAAAUGAAUAUAAGGUUUACAGAUGCUGCCAAGAACACUAAUAAACAUGGAAUGAUGAAGACUCCAAUUAGGAAGCUUAACCCAGGCAGUGAAGUGAAAAAUGUCAGACCAUCUGGACCUGAGGAACCUAUAUGCCAGAAGCAAACCUGCAGCAACGCUUGUAACCCUGCUGAAACUAAAGUCGUUACCCCGUACCGUUUCUCUGGCAUCACUACUCCUGGAACAAACAAAAAGUUUGACUUGCAGGCAAGUUUGGCUCGCCCUCUUCGAUACAAGCCACACAAAGGAAAGCUGAAAAGUUGGGAAGAGAUGAAAGAGAAUGCCUGUUCUCUCAAAAAGGAUCCUAAACAACCAAAAAUACAGACCAGGGAGACUCGACGGGAAAAGUUUUUGGAAGAACGGAAGGAAAGAAAGAACAAUGUGAUAGGAGCAAGACGAGGACUGGUCAUGGCGAAGUGAACACAAUUUAUGAAUGAAACCGAUACUCUGUACUGUCUAUCCUGUUACUUGCCUUUUUUUUAUGUGUUUGGUUGAAUAUUCUAAACUCUGUUUUAAACUUUAGCCCGUUCUCUGUUUACAGUACUGUCCAUUCUGAGCUUUGAUUCAUGUGGUUUCAUCAUUGAGAUUGAAUAUAGAUUAUUCAGUUAAGUGAGGCACCCUCACUUUUAACAUUUUGUGGUUUUCAGAUAUUGUUUAGUUAUAUUCCCUGAUGGAUGAAUAUGUACGCUUGCUUCAAAUGUUGAUCAGGUGGAGACAGUCUGAGAGAAAAUAGGAAAGUGCCUCGCAAGUGACUGACGAUGUGCAGUUUGCAAGUGACUAAUGAAGGUAGCUGCACUGCACCUGAGUGUGUUUGACACUAGACAGGGAGAAUUCCAUCAAACCCUGACAUCCCUGACUUACGUGAGCAUUUAACUUCAAUCAGAAUAAAUCUUGCUUUAAAAAUAA